CACACACACACACACACACACACACACACACACACACACACACAGAGUCAAAAAUCCCCUUUGCAUCACCAUUAUUGUAGUAAAAAACCAUGCGCAUGCUCAGCCACCCACGCAAUAAUUAGAUUACCACUACUCCACGCGGUGGGUGAAAAAAGAUGCCAGCAGGUAUGUGUAUCUAGUUUAAUCUUGUCACAACAAGGCAAUAAGGGUGUAGGUAAACUUCCUGCGCAUGCAUACUACUUUUGUUUACUGUCACAACCUAAAAUAGGACAUACAAAAAACGGACAAAACUAUACCAUGACAAACUAAGAGCUUAGCAAGACAAACUGACAAUAGUGUGUCUAUACCAGACUCCAUUACGUGGGAGUGGUCCCGCCCCAGUGGUAGUGAGGCACAGGUCGGGAGAUUAAAGGGACCGAAACCUGUGACCUACACGAUGAUCUGCUGUGGAGCUCCCCUGAUGACUGGUGCAUUAGAUAAACGACAGACAAAGGAGACAGGGUUUGCUAGCUGUUAGGGGUGGGGAUAGGGUAGUGUAGCACGUGUACUUAUGUGGAAGCACACUGUGGUUUGUAACUCCAUGCACAGCCUGAGUGUAUGUCUGGUGGUCCGGCGCUUUGAUGACGCCGACAAGUCCCCCCCAGUCUCUGUCACUACACCUCGUUCCCCACAAUUCUCUCCCCCUCCUUUCUCUUCU